AUGGAAUCCAACGGUGCUACCUCUCCCGCGCCGCCCACCCGUGCGUCUCCAUCGCCCCCAGCGUCGUCCAGUGGAUACGGCAUGGAUCAAACGAUGUCGAUGUCUAACGGCUCCUCUCCAGCGGUGCACACCAUCACGGCGAAGAACCCCAAGGCCGCAGCUGCCAUGGCAAACGACAUGAACAUCGUGCGCAGGAAGCUCACAGGCUACGUUGGCUUUGCGAACCUGCCCAACCAGUGGCACCGCAAGAGUGUGCGCAAGGGAUUCAACUUCAACGUCAUGGUUGUCGGCGAGUCUGGACUCGGAAAGUCGACCCUUGUAAACACGCUCUUCAACACUUCGCUGUACCCGCCCAAGGAGCGCAAGCCCCCCAGUCUCGACAUCUCCAAGACCGUAUCGAUCCAGUCGAUUAGCGCCGAUAUCGAGGAGAACGGUGUCCGCCUGAGGUUAACAGUAGUCGACACACCCGGCUUUGGCGACUUCAUCAACAACGAUGAGUCCUGGGACCCCAUUGUCAAGAACAUUGAGCAGCGCUUCGACGCCUACUUGGAUGCUGAGAACAAGGUCAACCGCAUGAACAUUGUCGACAACCGCAUCCACGCCGUUGUUUACUUCAUCCAGCCCACUGGCCACUCCCUGAAGCCCAUCGACAUUGAGGUCAUGAAGAAGCUCCACACCAAGGUCAACCUGAUUCCCGUCAUUGCCAAGGCCGACACCGUUACUGACGAUGAAAUUGAUAACUACAAGAAGAGGAUUCUUGCAGAUAUCGCCUACCACAAGAUCCAGAUCUUCGAGGGCCCACGGUAUGAGCUUGACGACGAGGAGACCAUUGCGGAGAACCAGGAGAUCAUGGCCAAGGUUCCCUUCGCCGUUGUCGGUUCCAACACCGAGGUCACGACUGUUGACGGCCGCAAGGUCCGCGGGCGUGCGCUGCCCUGGGGUGUUGUCGAGGUCGACAACGAGGAGCACUGCGACUUUGUCAAGCUGCGCCAGAUGCUGAUCCGCACCCACAUGGAGGAGCUCAAGGAGAACACUAACAACGCUCUGUACGAGAACUACCGUUCCGAGAAGCUUGCACAGAUGGGUAUCCAACAGGACUCAAGCGUGUUCAAGGAGGUCAACCCUGCCGUGAAGCAAGAGGAGGAGCGCUCGUUGCACGAGGCCAAGCUCCAGAAGAUGGAGAUGGAAAUGAAGAUGGUGUUCCAGCAAAAGGUCCAGGAGAAGGAGAGCAAGCUGCGCCAGAGCGAAGAAGAGCUGUACGCCCGUCACAAGGAGAUGAAGGACCAGCUAGACCGACAACGACAAGAGCUCGAGGAGAAGAAGGCCCGCAUCGAGUCUGGCAGGCCGAUCGAAGAGAAGGGCAAGAGAAAGGGUUUCUCUCUCCGCUAA